GCGGGGCUUCGCGCAGGCUCCUGGGAGGCCCCGGCCACUAGCGGGCCUUUUCUACCGCUCCGGGCCGCUGCGGUGCGCGGUUCCUGCUGACCCCGGGUAGGAGGAGGUGCUGGGCAGCCGCCGCCGCCCGGACACAUUGUGUUGGAGACUGUUUCCAUGACUCAAAGGAGAAGAAACAGUGAGGAGAAUGUCAGCCCUCAACUGGAAGCCCUUCGUCUAUGGAGGGCUGGCCUCCAUCACAGCAGAGUGCAGUACAUUUCCAAUUGAUUUAACCAAGACACGACUCCAGAUUCAAGGCCAGACAAAUGACUCCAAAUUCAGAGAAAUUCGGUACCGAGGAAUGAUGCAUGCACUAGUGCGGAUUUGCAGAGAGGAAGGGCUGAGGGCGUUGUAUUCAGGGAUCGCCCCAGCUAUGCUGCGCCAGGCAUCCUAUGGCACCAUCAAGAUUGGCACCUACCAAAGCCUGAAGCGAUUAUUUGUGGAGCGGCUUGAAGAUGAAACCCUACUGAUAAAUGUGGUGUGUGGAAUUCUCUCUGGAGUCAUCUCCUCAACCAUUGCUAAUCCAACUGAUGUUUUGAAAAUACGGAUGCAGGCACAGAGCAGCACCGUUCAAGGUGGAAUGAUUGGCAACUUCAUCAACAUUUACCAACAAGAGGGAACAAGAGGAUUGUGGAAGGGCGUGUCUCUGACUGCUCAGAGGGCUGCUAUUGUCGUUGGUGUGGAGCUCCCUGUCUAUGAUCUUACCAAGAAGCACCUCAUUCUCUCGGGUCUGAUGGGCGAUACGGUGUAUACCCAUUUCCUGUCAAGUUUCACCUGUGGCCUUGCUGGGGCCCUGGCCUCCAACCCUGUCGAUGUUGUGAGAACACGCAUGAUGAAUCAGAGAGUCUUUCGGGAUGGCAGAGGCUCUGGCUACACAGGGACCCUGGAUUGCCUGUUACAGACAUGGAAGAAUGAAGGGUUUUUUGCUCUGUACAAAGGGUUUUGGCCAAAUUGGUUGAGACUUGGCCCUUGGAAUAUCAUUUUCUUCGUGACAUACGAGCAGUUGAAGAAACUGGAUUUGUGACAAGUCAAGACGGCACUGAGCCAAUCCUCUGGGAAAUGCUCACUUUUGGCCCAGUGACACUCCCUGCGUUUCAUAUGCUUCUCACUGCUUGUCUGGUCAGAUUUCGGAGGUGUGAGCCACAGAAGGAGACGGGGUUAGUGCCAAUGGCCGUGUGCAAGUUUGGGACCUGGCAGCCAAGGCCUGGCAGCAUCACCCUCACAUCCAGGCUCUCAUCCUGACCGUUAAAGUGCCCUUCAGCAUCAGAGAUUGCAUGUGAACUGCAUGCUUCCUUCUUACUGAAGAAAACUCGCCAGAAAAUUGGAAGCCGUGCUUCGUUGACUCCCAAGGAGAGCAGAGCCUCACCCGUCUCACAGUGCUGUUGAGAAUCCUCAAGACUGUCCGGAAAGAGUCGACCCGAGUAAACCCAGAGUAUUAGUGUUCUCUCACUGGCAGGGACCUUUGCUUCUUGUUAGCUGGAUAGAUCAUAACAUUUUCAUCUUAUAGGAGAGGGAUCCCUGAAACCUUUCACUGCUUCAGUUUCCUAAUGGGGCAGGAUUUGAGAAACCACUUCCCAGUUUUUAAUUUGGAAUACAGUUGUUAAAAUAUUUCUUACCUCAGACUUCCUAGUUAAUGAAGAUGGAAAAUAUUUGCUUAUUUGUACAAACCAUUUCUUCAGUAGAUCUGUUUAUCCAGUUUCUUUUUUUUGGUUUUGUUUUGGGACCACACCUAGACAUGUUCAAGGGUUACUCCUGGCUCUACACUUAGAAAUUACUGGCAGUGUUUGGGGCCACAAUAUGGGAAACUGGGGAUCGGCCACGUGCAAGAAAAACACCCUACCCACUGUACUAUAUCUCUGGCCCCAGUUCCCGAUAGGAGGAAUAUAACAUCUUCCCUUUCCUCUGGAGACAAGUCAUUUUCCUUCUUUCGUGUGUUCCUUUUACUCUUUUCUCUUUUCAGAAUUAAAAAAUACCACCCAGAAUCCCUAGUAAUUUAACGUUUAGAAAAACUGCCCUUCUCCCCCACAAUGGGUUAACUUGGGUACCUUCUAUCUUAUCCUUAGAGCAGUGUGAAAUACCUACUAAGUGGGGCUCCAAGGAAGUUGCGUCUGUAGGUUUUUUUUUUUUUUGGUGCCACAACUGGUAGUGCUCAGGGCUUACUCCUGGCUUUGCACUCGGGGAUCAAACCUGGGGGACUCUGGGAACCAUAUGAGGUGCCAGGAAUCAAACCAGGGUCUUCCACGUGCCUGCCUGCUAUACCAUCGCUCUGGCUUCACCUCUGUAGUUUCAAGUGGGUAAAUUCCUGAUUUGGGGGCAGGAAAUAAAGUCUAAGGGUUAAGGCAUUUGCCUUGCCAGUUCCUGUUCAAUCUCUGGCAUGAUGGUAUUCCCAAACACCACCAGGGAUUACUCCUGAAUAUAGUGCCAGGAAUAGUUCCUGAGCACAGCCAAGUCAGGCACCAAACUGCCCCACACUUCCAGUGUCCUCCCCUUCAUAUAUAUAUAUAUGUAUAUAUAUAUAUGUAUAUAUAUUAUAUAUACUAGUUUGUUUAGUUCUUAGACUUGUUGCCCUCUGAAGCCAAAUGGAAGGAAUAUAAGUGUUUAGAGAGGUAUUUUCUUCCCAGUGACUUCCACCUUGCCUUCUUUAUUAAGGUUUACUUUGAAAAAGAUUUUGAAACAGAAUGUUAUUUCCAGAAGAUAAGAGAUGAUGGGCUAGGGAGAUAGUUCAGUGCAAGCCUGAGUGUGUGUGGCCCCGAGUUUGAUCCCUGGCUCCCCCAGACUCCUAGCGUAGGUAGCCCUGGUGGCCCACAGCACUGCCAGGCCCAAGUGGCGUUUCAUGGUUGGAUCCAAGUGUUGCCAGGAGUGGCCCUGAAUCCCCAAGCAAUGCUGAGGAGUGCCCGAAAGCAAAUCAAAUCAGAUAAUAAAAUGAGAAAAGAAGGUAGCAUGGCAGGGUGACAAGAGGCUGUGAGUUGUUCCCUGGCUAAGAUGGAAGUCCAGACCCUCCCACACCCAUUUCAGAUGUGAAGCUGAGAGCUAAGCUGUACCAGAUCCUUGGAGAGGAAUUGUGUUUCUGCUUACCAGAACAUUCCUUUGAUGUGAUAAGGACUGUCUGUUGAAAGAUUUUCAGUUCUGUUUUUUUAGUUUUUUUUUAUUUUGGUUUUUAAUCUAGAAAAUAAUUCAUGUUAAAAUAUAUCCAUCACUUUUAAAACAGUAGAAGUAAGUUCACUUUGAGAAGUAGUGAAUGUCACACAAUAUUCAUCAUACCAGCUUACUAAAGUUUUGUACAUGUUCAUACCAGGAUGAAUAGAAAUUUCAAACUCCACUCUAAAACACAAGUAUGUUUUGUGGCCAUGGGGACUUGCUCAGGCUUUGCAAUGUGGGAGAUCUAGGUUUCAUCCCCAGUAGUGCAGGACUGCCCAUGUACCAAGCCAGGAGUACCCCAAGCACCACUGGGUGUGACCCCAAUCAUAUUAGAGAAGUAACAGGUUAUGGUAGGUGCAACCAACCCAGGUUUGACCCCCCAGCAUCACAUGUUCUCUGACAUCACUGGUGUAUCCCUUGGGGGGGUCCCUAGCACUUUUGGGGUGACCUAGGAGGUCCCUGGCAUUUCAGCAUACAAUUCUCAGGGCCCCUAGCACUGCAGGGUGUAGCCCUGAAGGGCUCCCCACCAUAGCUGGGAGUGGCCCUGAGGGCCCCUAUCAUUGCUGGUUGCCCUGGAGGCACCCAGCACUGUAGGAUGUGGCCCUGGGGUCCCCCAUCACUGCUGGGUGUGGCCCUAGAGGCCUGGCACUGUGGAAUAUAGCCCUGGGGGUUCCUAUCACUGCUGGGUGUGGCCCUGGAGGCCCCCAGCACUGUGGGUUGUGGCCCUGGGGGCCCCAUCAAAAAUUGCUGGGUGUGGCCCUGAGGGCCCCCAUUACUGCUGGGUGUGGCCCUGGAGGCUCCAUCACUGCUGGGUGUGGCCCUGAGGGCCCCUAUCACUGCUGGGUAUGGCCCUGGAGGCCCCCAGCAUUGUGGGUUGUGGCCCUGGGGGCCCAAUCACUGCUGGGUGUGGCUCUGAGGACCCCCAUCAUUGCUGGGUAUAACCCUGGGGCCCCCAUCACUGCUGGGUAUGGCCCUGGAGGCCCCCAGCACUGUGGGUUGUGGCCCUGGGGGCCCCAUCGCUGCUGGGUGUGGCCCUGGAGGCCCCCAGCAUUGUGGGUUGUGGCCCUGGGGGCCCCAUCACUGCUGGGUGUGGCCCUGGAGGCCCCCAGCAUUGUGGGCUGUGGCCCUGGGGGCCCAAUCACUGCUGGGUGUGGCCCUGAGGACCCCCAUCAUUGCUGGGUAUAACCCUGGGGCCUCCAUCACUUCUGGGGGGUGGCCUUGGGGGCCCCCAGCACCACUGUGCCCUUGCAGCAACAAAUCCUUGGAUCCAAGCAUUCAGCCACUGACCAUUUGGUUGAGUAGCACCAGGAAGGGCCACUGGUUUCCUUAGCAUCGCUUGGGAUACCCUCACCUGCCUCCCCCUCCCCCUCCCCCAAACAUUCAGCAAAAGGUGUUUUAAAGACAACUAGACAAUUUCUUCUAUGUAAAGUUUUCAUUUGUUUGUUUUUGGGGCCACACCCGACAAUGCGCAGUGGUAAUUCCUGGCUCUGCACUCAGGAAUUAGUCCUGGCAGUGCUCUCUGGACCAUAUGGGAUUCCUGGGUUCGAACCAGGAUUGGCCUUGUGCAGGACAAGCCCCCUACCUACUGUACCAUUGCUCUAGCGCUCUUCUAUGUUGAUUUAACAAACACUUGUAUAACAGAGUUUCAGUCUGUGUAGGUUCUUUUGCUCCUUGAAAGAGUUAAUGUGAUUAUUGAAGCUAUAACCAAGAAGUAAUGUAAGGAGUUGGGCGACCUGGUUCCCUUGUUUUGGAAUGGUGUCUCCACAUCCUUCCAUCCCCUUGCAGUAUAACUAAAGCAUAGCAAAAGGGUUUUUAGUUUUUUAUAACCACACGAAGAAAAUGGAUUUCUCAUUUACUGGUGGAUUUACAUAGUCAGUUAUGCUGAAUUUUGCUGAUCUGUGAUAUAAAUAAUAGCCCUAUUUUCCAUAUUAAUUCAUGUGCUGGAAAUAUUAUAUAGUCUGUAAAAACAAUAAAUUUUCCAUAAGCCUUUA